AUAAUCUUUCCACCCAAAUCUUUUUUCUUUCCACACUCUCCUAGAUAAUCUUUCCACCCAAAUCUCAAAUCUCAAAUUUCAAAUUUCUCAUCGACAUACGGUAAAACAAGAUGAUUCAUGCAGAUAUAGUCAUGACUGGAAACUAAACUGAACUCGCCUUUAUUACUCUGCAUCAUCACUAUUCAUCCUUCUCCAAUCGAAUCUUCAUAAACCCUACUUUACUCUAUAAAUGGGUUGGAACCUCUUCUUCUGGCUUGUGAUUUGUUUCCCCACAAAUAUUGCUCUUCUCGCUUCAAAUUUCUACCAGGUUUUGAUUUUAUCUGACUUGGAAGCUGAUUAUAUCAACCCAUUUGAUGCUUCAUCUCGGAUUAACUACUUCAUUCUUCCUGAGUUUAUUGGACAAGGAGUUUUGUGUGCACUCUGUCUCUUCACUGGUCACUGGCUCAUGUUUUUGCUCAAUCUUCCUCUUACUUGCUACCAUGCCAUGCUGUAUGUGAAAAGAGAGCAUCUUAUUGAUGUUACUGAAGUGUUUAGAGUACUCAAUGCCGAGAAGAAAUUACGGAUAGCAAAGCUUGCUUUGUACUUAAUAGUCCUCAUUCUCACCAUCUUCAGGCUUACAUUGAUUGGUGUCUCCUAUUUAGGCCUCGAACACGAUGAUGACUUGGCAUAUCUUUGGUAAAUUGUGAUUUGAUCUGUACCAUUAUUAGGUUUAGAACUUAGAAUUCAGCUGCUCUCAGAAAAUAGAAAUUCUUAGGCACUCAUUUGAAUGAGGUUGAUUACCCACGUGUUAAGGGUAUGUUUGUUGUUAAAAUGUAUUAUGAAAUAUUGAUGUUAAAAGUUGAUUUUGUAUUGUGUUAAUGAUGAUACUUUAUAA